AUGUACGCCCUAGACGCUCGCUCCGGCCAAGCCAUGGCCGCAUUUGGCCGAGGCCGUCCGGCAUCGCUGCAGCUGCAGCGGCGGCGCUCGCGGCCAAGCACCGGCCCCGUCGGUGUGGCGGCGCGCGCAACAAAGGCGCCCUACCCUCCCCUGGACCGCGAGAUCCCCACCGAGGCCCCGGAGGACGUGCUUUACGACGCGGUGGUGGUCGGCGGCGGCAUGGGUGGCCUGACGACGGCGGCCAAGCUGGUUGAGAAGGGCGCCAAGGUGCUGGUCUUGGAGAAGUACCUCGUCCCCGGCGGCAGCGCCGCCCACUUCAAGCGCGAGGGCUACACGUUCGACGUCGGCAGCAGCAUGAUGUUCGGCUUUGGCGACCAGGGCACGACCAACCUCAUCACCAAGGCGCUGGAGGCGGUGGGGCGGCGCAUCGAGACGGUGCCGGACCCGACCCAGGUGCACUACCACCUGCCCAAGAGCGCAGCACACCCAGAGGCCGCCGGCAACCGCCAGCCAGGCGGUGCCACAUCGGGCGGCCGGCACGAGGUUGUGUCAAACCUGAGCGGGCCGCCAGGCGGCCCUGGCCUGAACGUGCGCGUGUGGCGAGGCUACGAAGACUUUGUCAACGAGCUGUCAGCCAGGUUCCCCCACGAGAAGGAGGGCAUACGCAAGUUCUACGACGAGUGCUGGCGCGUGUUUAACGCACUCAACUCCCUGGAGCUGAAGAGCCUGGAGGAGCCGCGCUACCUGAUGGGGGAGUUUUUCAAGGACCCGGUAUCAUGCCUCACCCUCGCAUCAUUCCUCAUCACAAACACGGGUGGGCACCAGGGGGGGCGGGGGGAGGGGGAAUAG